AUGUUUUCAUACAUAGUCGGCGGCCUUGCCAUACUGCUUUUCUUCUAUAACCCAAUCGUUCAAUUCUUGGCGCCAGAUGCUAUAGGCAGGAUCCCGAGGACGCCGCGUCCCGCUAUCAAUGAGAGUCUGCUAGCUGUCGAUGGCGUGAAUGAUAUGCCACCAACGUGUGGACGGGAUGCGUAUUCAAUACAUCUCCUGUCGAAAGCACCGCUGGUAGUGUAUAUUGAAAACUUCGUGACGGAGGGCGAGAGAAAGCAUUUGCUCGAGAUCAGUGAGCCUCUCUUCGCCCCGGCUACCAUCACGUCGGACGGCUCGAAUACCUACCAGAACACCAGCAUCCGGGACUCCUCCGUCGCUCUGCUGCCACGGGAUGACACCGUCCGGUGCAUCGAGCAGCGCGCCCUCGGCUUUCAGGGCUUCAGGGACGAUCUCUGGAUCGAGAGGCUCAGGACACAGAGGUACGUGGAGGGCGGCCACUAUGCGCACCAUUUCGACUGGGGCAGCGGCGCCAGGGGUUGGGGCCGCGUGAGCAGCAUGAUGGUCUGGGUCGCCGCCGACGGGGUCGAGGGCGGGGGCACGGAGUUCCCGUUACUGCGCAUGAGAGGGCCGAAGGAGACUUGGUGUCGUUGGGUCGAGUGUGCCGAAGCAAAAGGAGGAGAGGAUGGCGAGCCAGAGGCGACUGACGGCGAGGAUGAGACGGGUCUUACUUUCAAACCGAUUUCGGGCAAUGCGGUUUUCUGGGAGAACUUUAGACCGGAUGGUUCCGGCAGGGGCUAUGAGGAGACUUGGCAUGCUGGGCUGCCGGUCAAGAAGGGUGUCAAGGUUGGGCUCAAUAUCUGGAGUUGGGGGCGGCUGGACUGA